AUGGGAGCCGAUUCACUGUCACCAACUAUUCAAGAAGCUCUCUCGCGAAAUGGGAUUCCAACACCGACGUUUACCGGCAAUUGUACCUCGAAAUCUGGUGCUGACAAGUGCACAGCGAAAAUGUGUCAGAAAGCUUCGGUUGACUACACAUUCACCUAUCAGAACACGAGCUACACCUAUCACACCUACACAAAGAGCUGCCAGAAUGCGUCAACUUCUGCAAUUGGUUGCACCCAAGUCUCCCGUCAAACGCUGAAUGGAUCCAUUGGACAGUACACAAAGAUGUUUUUCGUCACUGGAUACUAUGUUUUAUCACCAACAGGAUAUCUUUCAAACCCACUCAAUCGGCUCUUGCAAACACCAAUUUGUUAUUGGGCUGAAAUGAGUCUCAGCCAUGUCUACCCAGUAAUUUCCUUUUUACUCAAUAUGAUCAGUCUCGCCAAGCUGAUUUACAUGAGAACGGUGAAGAAAAGCCAAUCUUCCGGUAAAAGAAUGGAAUUCAAUUUGUUUUUGAUCUGUUUGGCGAGUCUCGUCGUUCAGUUUGCUCUAAUGUUUUAUGUCGACUACGGUGCCUUUUUGGUUGAUGCGGAGUAUCGCGUUUUUAUGUUGAACAUUGUCUCCGAUUUUGGAACAAUGUCUGAGGCUUGGAUUGGAAUAAUAGUCAGUCGAAAGCUCCGACAACAUUUCACUUCGUGGCUGUUUUCGUGGAAAACGUUCAGCCUUUCCUUGAUUGGAUAUGAUCCGACAACAACGGAUGCCUAUCAGAGAGCAUAUCGGGCAAAU